AUGCCCCAGAACUCAGAAGCACAAGCGUUCAUUGACCGUGUUCUGGCCUUGCCCAAAGGACCUGGAGUUUCACUGGAAAGCGUCCUGCAGCCGUCUCUCGAUGACGAAGCUGCACUCCGCCGACUUUUCGCAACGGAAAAGGAUAAUAAUCGUUUGAAGAAUCCCUACGUUGGCCUUGUAAAUGUCUUCGACGCGCCGCCCGACAUCAGGACUAUUCGUGCUCGCAUAGUCAAAGACGAGGAAGACCUCAACGGAAAGUAUGUUAUGCCCCUUUCUCCCAAGGAUCGCAAAGCCGAGGGUACUGCGUGUAUGGUGCCGUCUUUGGAAGAAUUUCAGAAGAAUUGGACCGUCUUUAGUGAAGGGUCUCUUUCACAACUGCUUGACUGGAACAAUGUCGUUGCUGCUGGAGGAUCUGUGCUGGCCUGCUUGGUCCCAUUGCCUGAAGAGGCCAAGGUGUCGAAGAGGGCAAUCAGGAAGUAUUAUCAUGGAUCCGCCUAUCCGUCUUCAGAUAUAGAUUUAUUUUUAUGGGGACUUACUCCACAACAGGCCGAAGCCAAGAUCGUCACGAUAUACGAGGCGGUAAGGGACUCCGUUCCGUGGGAUGUGACCUGCGUACGAACCAAGCACACUGUCUCCAUUCAUUCACAAUAUCCUUACCGCUCUGUCCAAAUUGUCCUGCGACUCUACACGUCUCCCGCUGAAAUCCUAGCCGGAUUCGAUAUUGACGCGCCCUGUUGUGCAUAUGAUGGUAGACGAAUCUGGGCUAAUCCCAGAGCUAUCACUGCCCUUAUGCGUCAGUGUAACACAAUUGAUGUUACUCGUCGCUCUCCCUCAUACGAGGUUCGUCUCACCAAAUACUCGUCUCGUGCCUUCGAAAUCUAUGUUCCAAACCUAUGUCGUGCUGAUAUUGACCCGACAAUCUACGAGCGAUCCAUAGUGCGUGUCGAAGGUCUUGCGCGGUUGUUGGUGUUUGAAAAGCUCAAGUACCCCAACGCCCGAGAGAUCUUUCUCCAAUCGAGAAGGACGUUGAGAGGAAGGUCUUAUGCGAACAGUGUACCAUAUUAUAUAAGGAAGAAGAGAACAUUGAAGGGAGAUCUGAAGAAUGAGGUUGCAAUCGGGGGUUUGGAGAUGAACAGUUAUGACGUGGUCUCAUUGCAUAUCCCGUAUGGACCUGGGUGGGAUGCGAGGAAGAUCGAUAAAUUGAUUUACCAGACGGAUCUCGGAAUGAACUCCACCUUCAACCCAAAGAACAAAAAUCGUCGCCUUCAUCGUCAUCCUGCUUUCUUCGGGACCAUUGAAGAAUGUUUGGAAGAUUGCUGCGAGGAUUGCCCAAAACCAAUAGACGAGGAUGAAGUCAAGCUCCAGGAAGAAGAAGACAAGCAGUAUCUUCGGGGGAGGAUUUCUUUCGUUCAACAAGACCCCGGCCGACAAUCCCUCUCCGGCUCCUUCAAUCCCAUCGACGAUUCAGAAUGGAGUGCCCAAGUAUUUAUAGGACCCACGGAGAAGUUCUUCCAGGUUAUAAUCACUUCGGAUCGUGCGGCGGUUGCUCGAAUGAUUGCGGAAGGUGUUGACGUAAAUCGUCGUGAUCACGUCGGGCGCAUGCCUCUCCAUGUCGCAGUCCUCGCAAAGGCAGAAGAUGUCGCGUGUGAUCUGAUUGAUGCCGGUGCGAGAAUCACGUCGAGACUAGCUGAAGGAAAGACCGCUUUGCAUAUUGCGGCACAGUUGGAUCAGCUCAAGGUAGUAAAAAAGCUGCUAGAGCGGAGUAAGAUGAACGAGGACUUAUUGAAGAAGGAUGGAGACGCAGAAGAAGGGAAUGGUGAUGUGGAGGUGAAGGAAGCAGUGCGGGAUUCUUCCGAGGAUGACUGGAGCUCUGCGGAUGAUGGUGUGAUCUCUAUGGAGGAAGUCGAAGACACGGAUGUGGACGACGAAGAUGAUGGUGACGAUGUCGACGACGACAAUGGGGACGAUAAUGAUGGCAGCCCACGCAAAAAGACCAAAUCAAAGGAAGUCAGUGAACGUCCCAAAACACCAACUGAAUAUAAUGCUCUUCCGGAAGAUGAUUCUGGAGAGCCAGACGUUUUCGAUAUCAACGCCCCAGACUGGGACCUCUGCUUUACCCCACUAUCAUACGCCAUACUUUUUGCUUCUUUGCCUGUUAUCGACACACUCCUUCUCAGUGGUGCAGAUGCGAAUCUUGCGACAACCGCUUCGUACCCUGACGCUCCGCGAUUACACCCUCUCUUAUUAACAGUGUACCAUUCGGAUGAAGAACAGGCGUGUUCCAUCGCCGAAAGAUUGCUUCAAGCAGGUGCCGCAAGUUCCGCUGCAGACCAAGGUCGUACCAUCUUGUACAAAAUGAUUGAAGCAGGGAAGACAAAGCUGGUAAAUUCUUUGCUUCGCCUGGAUCCGAAAGCUGGAGUAGUUUUGAAUUUGCCCUCCAUGAACAUGAACAAUGGACGGCCGACGUUCCCUCUCAUUGCUGCUGUGCAGCUUAAUAACCUCGAGAUGGUAACGACUUUGUUGGCGUACGGUGCCAACGUCGUCUUUAAGGCAGAGGAUGUCGUGCGAGCACAGGAACUUCGAAACCAACAAAAUUAUGGUAACAAUGUCAGCCACUUCAUUAACUUCACUCUCGGCGAACCUUUGGACCAAGUGAUACAUCCUGUUGAGGCAGCGCUCUGUUGCCACACUGACUUGAUUCAACUACUCGUUUCUGUUGGUGCGUCAAUAAACCGGGCUACUCGGGUGUCAACGAGUACAUAUGCGAAUCAGGAGAUUCUUCGCACCUACCUAGAUUGGGCCCGUUACGCUAUCGGCUGGAUAAACAGAUACAUAUCUGAACAACAGGACAAGAUGAAAUUGGAAACAAAGAAGUUGGAUUCAAUUACCACUGCCCCUACUACACCUUGGAGGACCUUUGUCUCCAGAACAAUCUACUUAUCUGACAAUGGGGUUCUACCUGGUUCUGAACUUCAGAAGAAGAAGUUUGUAGAAGAUCAAGUUGAAUUGGAAAAAACCAUCCGUAAAUGCGUGGCGCUUAAGGGAUUUUUUGGCGACGCUGAGAGGCUCCUCGUAUCGAAAGGUGCCAAGACUUACAACAUUCUGUUCGCGGACACUGAAAAACGUUCGACUGCCACUUCUAAUGUCUCGAUACAAAUCGACCAUCAUGACCAUAUUCUCUGGCAGCAAAAUUCUAGCUCGACAAAGUACUUUUUCUUAGGACAGCACGACUACUCCCGGGAAGCUGUUCCUAUGUAUUUAAAUGAUAGAUAUGAUGAACUUUUUGAAGCAUGUUGGAAAGGGGACGACAUUGCUGUGCGAAAACUUUGUCUUCCCGAUGAAGGAAAGGAAAAUGCACUUAAGGUAUCGGUUGCAGUGGCUCAUCCAACCAAUCAGUGGUUGCAAACCAAUCUUACACCACUUGUCGCUGCUAUUGAGGGGCGACACUGGAGUACUGUUCGCUUAGUGUUCGGCAUUUGUGUAGCGCAGUAUAAACCAGUCGACGAGAAAGAAGUAGCUUUCAGGCUCAAUAAUAUCAAUCUCGACGAGGAUGAUGAGGAUAAUCUGAGCGAUGAUGACUCUGCAGCCUCGGAUGUUACCGCCUCUGCUCAAAAACGAAAUCAACCUUUCAUAGACAUCGCUCAAAUAUCUCCGGCAGUGAAAGUCCCAUUCCCUCCCUCGCGACUUCUCAACAGCCACUAUGUUACGUAUGAAGAGGGUGGCGGGAGCCUCGUUUUGAUAAAAGCUAUCAAAACCAAAGAUUUCGAAGCUUUCGUUCACAUCGCUGAUUUGUACAAGCUCACAGAGCCUCCUUUGGAGCUCGGCCAAGGAUAUAUAUUAGACGCAAUCCUUGCAGCAGAUGAACCAGAGAUGCUCGACGAGUACAUCCGUCGUACUGGCAGUGGGAUAGACCUACAAUCUCAUGGUGACGAAACGGAAGAAAAGGAAAUACGUGCCAUCAAUGAUAAAAAUAAGAUUUAUCUGGGACUCUCGGUACAUGGGAAGAAGCGUAAAGAUCUGGCCCAAAAAAAUGAUCCUGCAAAUUUUCAUUAUCAAUUGCAAGACCAAGACGUGACUCCUAUAUUAUGGCGCGCUAUUCUAUCGUCAUCCAAGGAAGUUAAGAUCAUCGAGUACUUGGCAUCGACUCGCCCACUAGAAGCAUAUCGGUUUUAUGCAAUGACGCACGGCAGCGAGUUGAGCAUCCGUUUGCGUCGCAUAACCGAUCUCGAGCAAAUCCUCCCUGAUCGACUUGGUUGGUGUACCAAUAAUCUUGGAGAGUCGCCGCUUGUGGCGGCGAUCUUGUCCAACAAAUUGAAUGUCAUAAAGCUUCUUUUUGCGAAGAAACCUAAGCUGAUGUCUGCAGCUUUGAAAGAACGGAUGAAAUUCAGUGGCUUCAACCUUUUAAUGCUUGCAGUCCAAGUUGGCUGUGAUCCCCAGGUCAUAGACUUUUUGUUAGCAAAUGGUCAGUCACCUACAGAGACUGAUCAAAUUCGAAAAUGGAACAUCUAUCAUAUGCUCGCUGCUUCUUCCGUACCCGUUCUAUUUGAGCAUCUCCUGCUAAAGCUUCCCCGAGAUGUCAACGAGUUAUUAUUGCAACAACAUUGUAAGGGGAAUCUGGACACGCCUCUUCACCUUGCAGUUUCAAGAGGAGACUAUCGUACCUCUAGUAUAAUCAUCGACUAUACAAGAGCAGGCCUCGCAAUUCGGAACGUUUAUGGAUCGAUUCCCCUUCACAUUGCGAUAUCGAAAUCCCAAGCAAAGACAGUCAAGAAACUCAUUGAUUCCUCUCCAGACGAAUGUCUAUUCAUGGAGAAUGGUGUUGGAAACACCCCACUCGAGAUGACUACACUCUUGGAUUUGCUUGGUCGCCUCCAGAACGUCAGCAGAGACCGAGAACCUGAACUGGCCGCUCAACAUGUGAACCUCGACCCUUCCAGAAUCACUCUUGACAAGUUACAACAGGAUGUCCCUAACCUACGGCAAACAAUUAACACCCUUCUAAAGAAUGGUCCUCUCAAAAUAGACGACAAGUUGACUAAGGAUCUGUUCGCAUUUUCUCGCUUCAUGGAGACAAAGCUAACUGCCGCGACGGCUGAGGCCGAGGCUACUAAGGGAGGAAAUGAAGACGAGCCCGAUGUAAAGGACAAAUGGAAGGACCCUGAAGAUAGAGGCACAACUCUAAAGAUUAUCAAGGAAGCUAUUCUAGCCAGACCUUACCAACGUCAGCUCAUUCACUUGGUUGAUGUUCAAAAAUCGGUCGGAAGUCACCUGAGUAGUGCGGAACUACGUUCGAACACGGAUGCAAACAAUCAUAUGCACCAACGUGAACAUGAUGAAGAAGGUUUGGAACCUGAAGAAGAUACAGAGAUAAAGCUUCGUAACUCCAGUAUAGUGUAUCGACGACUAGGGCAGCCACUACUUAGAGUAUAG